GGAAGCGCCCGCGUAGGGCACCGCUGUCCGCUGUCGGGACCCGCCCCUCCUCGGCCGGGUACUGGCCUCGUCCAGCCGCGCCGGACCCGGGGGUCACUGUCAUGUGACUUCUGUCCCUGACCACGAGCCUGAGCCGCAGCCUUUAGGUGAAGAGGGUCCGAUCGCCCGAGAAUCAGGGUCUCUUGUGACAGUCCCGUCCUUGCUGUGUGCCAUGGUGGCGCUGUGGGCUCUCGCUCUGGCCUUGGCCCUAGCCCUGGCCACUGCUGGCCCACCUAACAUCAUGCUGAUCUUUGCUGAUGACCUGGGCUAUGGGGACCUGGGCUCCUAUGGGCACCCCAGCUCCACCACCCCCAACCUGGACCAGCUGGCCGCAGGUGGGCUGCGCUUCACCGAUUUCUAUGUGCCCAUGUCUCUGUGCACACCCUCCCGGGCUGCGCUCCUGACCGGCCGACUCCCAGUCCGGAUGGGCCUGUACCCUGGAGUUCUGGAGCCCAGCUCCCGAGGGGGCCUGCCUCUGGAGGAGGUGACCCUGGCUGAGGUCCUGGCUGCCCGAGGCUACCUCACAGGGAUAGCUGGCAAGUGGCAUCUUGGGGUGGGGCCUGAGGGGGCCUUUCUGCCCCCCCACCAGGGCUUCCAUCGAUUCCUGGGCAUCCCGUACUCCCAUGACCAGGGCCCUUGCCAGAACCUGACCUGCUUUCCGCCGUCCACCCCCUGUGAUGGCAGCUGUGACCAGGGCCUGGUCCCUAUCCCGCUGUUGGCCAACCUGUCCGUGGAAGCACAGCCCCCCUGGCUACCUGGACUGGAGGCCCGCUACGUGGCUUUCGCCCGUGACCUCAUGGCUGAUGCCCAGCGCCAGGGCCGGCCAUUUUUCCUGUACUACGCCUCUCACCACACCCACUACCCCCAGUUCAGCGGGCAGAGCUUCUCCGGGCGCUCAGGCCGAGGGCCAUUUGGGGACUCCCUGAUGGAGCUGGACGCAGCUGUGGGGGCCCUGAUGACAGCUGUGGGGGACCUGGGGCUGCUCGGAGAGACGCUGGUUAUCUUCACUGCAGACAACGGGCCUGAGACCAUGAGGAUGUCCCAUGGCGGCUGCUCUGGCCUUCUUCGUUGUGGAAAGGGAACCACCUUUGAGGGUGGUGUCCGGGAGCCUGCCUUGGCCUUCUGGCCAGGCCACAUCGCUCCUGGGGUGACCCAUGAGCUGGCCAGCUCCCUGGACCUGCUGCCCACCCUGGCUACACUGACGGGGGCUCCACUGCCCAACGUCACGUUGGAUGGUGUCGACCUCAGCCCCCUGCUGCUGGGCACAGGCAAGAGCCCUCGGCAGUCUCUCUUCUUCUAUUCGGCUUUCCCAGACGAGGUCCACGGGGUCUUUGCUGUGCGGAGUGGGAAAUACAAAGCUCACUUCUUCACCCAGGGCUCCAUCCACAGUGACACCACACCGGACCCCGCCUGCCACGCCUCUAACCCGCUGACUGCCCACGAGCCCCCGCUGCUCUUUGACUUGUCUGAGGACCCUGGUGAGAACUACAACCUUCUGGGAGGCGUGUCCGAGGUCGCCCCCGAGGCGAUGCAGGCACUGAAGCAACUCCAGCUGCUCAAGGCCCAGUUCGACUCCUCGGUGACCUUCAGCCCCAGCCAGAUGGCCCGUGGCGAGGACCCUGCCCUGCAGAUCUGCUGUCAGCCUGGCUGCACCCCGCGGCCUUCCUGCUGCCACUGCCCAGAGCCCCAGGCCUGAGAGCGUGGGCAGGCCCGCCCAGGGCGCCUGCCCCACCCGGGAUGGUUGGCGGCAGCAGUGUGGGUGUGCGGAGGGGCUCUGUACCUAAUAACACCAUGUGAUACUCACGAGCGUGGGAAUUCAUCUGAUCCUUAUGCUGACCCCAGAGGUAGGUGCUGUUCUGCUUGGGUUACAAAUGAGGAAAUAGGUGUGGAGAGGUUCAGCAACUUGUCUGAGGCCACCCAGCUGUUAGGUCGGGCUGGACCUGCUGCCCACCCUGGCUACACUGACGGGGGCUCCACUGCCCAACGGGAUCUGAACCCAAGCACCUUGGCUCUGGGAGCUGCCCACCGCCUUUGUGACCGUCCGUGCAAGCUGGGUUCCUGAGUGUGCGCCUGUCCCUCCCGGAAGCCAUCGUAAGUGCUGUUGUGUGGCAGAAACAGGGUGGGUGGGUGUGAGGGCAAGGUGGGCAGAGACCUUCAAGUUGCCGAGCACCCGUGAGCCCCAGGUGUGCCCUGACAGUCCGUGGGGGCACCACGACUGGGGCGGUGGGGGGUUGGGGAGGCAGGCUCUUCUCAGAAACCCGUCCGAGGGGCUGAGGGCUGAGGGUGGAUGACGAUUUGCACACUCCAGGUGGGGGUCAGGGGAGAUAAGCUCCUGGGAUAACUCCCCCAGACUCUGCCUCUGCCCCUUUCAGAGCUCUGUGUUUUCCACCUCCCCAGACAGCCCGGCUGUCCCACCCAGCACACGAAGGCGUAGCUCAGGGCUGGCUCCCUCCCUGCUCUGCACUCUGCAGGCCGCACUCUCCCUCAGAAUUACGUUCAGGCUCCUUAGAGGCCUCAUAUCCUCUGAGGCCUUCCCCACUGCCCUCCCGACAGCCCUCAGCUCUGGUGUGCUGGCUCAGCCGUCCUCUGGUGGGGCUGGUGUGCUCUCUGCAGAGGGGACUCCAACCACCCACCUGUACCCACGUGAGCGAAGCGUAGACCUUGUAGUCACCUUGUGUGUGCACGCGCGUGACAGGUGCCCACGGGUCCCCAUGCUCCCUCCCGGCCAGCUUGACAAGAAGAGCUUGUCUGGAUGCCUGAGGGCAGUAUCCACCUCCUGCUGAUAGACCCUCGCCUUCCCAGUGUUGGGCAGAGGCCCGUGGACGAGGAGGCAUGGCCUCUCCGGGACCCAAUCUGAGCCAGUCCCAAUCCCAUCCAGUGACUGGUCCCGGAAUGCCACAUGGCUAAGUCCUGGUCCACGAAAGGUCAGUCGUUGUCUGCCAGGUUCCCUGCAGCGUUCUUUCUUGGGGCCUUGAGGGUGCGGUGGUCUCACUGUCCCGCCCAGACAGCCUGCAGCUGCUAAACCCGGUCCCCAGCCACCUAGCUCCAGAGCUCAUGAUGUAAUCAACACCACCGGCUUAAGCCGCUGCUGGGGGUUUAUCUGUCACUUUCAGACCAAAGAAGUCUUGCUGGAAUGGGACGCGGGAUGCACGGCAACUGUGUCCACAGGCAGCCCAGGAGCUGCGCUGUUCAUGCCCCGGAUCCUGCUGUGUCUUGGAGCUGCCCCCCCAGGGCAGUGCUUUCCCUGGGACCCUUGCAGCCAGUGAUGCUGGUUAGGAGGGCCCAGAUGAGCUGGGCGUGCCCUCCUGUAGGCUGCCCCUUCUCUUCUGGUGGGACACAGUCACCUCAAGGGGCCUUGGUUCCAGAGGGAGGACUGAGGAACUGAAGCAGGCCCACUGUCUGUGCGUGACCGCCAGACACCCAAGUGCUCGGCAAGAACCACACCAGCGCUAACACCCAUAAAGGCAGGGGCUGCUCCGGGCCCGCCCCCCACUUGGCUGAAGUUCGCUCCGCACAGAGGGCUGUGUGUGAUGCUGAGGCCCAGAUCACCAGAGGGAACCCCUCCCUGUUCCCGGGGCACUUCUUGUCUAGCGAAGGGUAUGGGCGUCAGCCCUGACAUCUCUGAAAGGUGGGAUUCGGGCACAAUAGGGCCCCUUCCACCUGGGUGGGGGUGGGGGACAUAUGGCUAUUACCUGAGAAGGGACACUAGAAUGUUCUCUAGCUGGAUUGGAGGGUGGAAACAGUGUGUACGUAUGUGCAAAGCAGUAAAGCUACACACUUAG